AUGGUCAUCUGGUCUAAAACUGCUGUUUUGACAUGUCAUGAUAUUGAUACUCUCUUCGAUAGUUUCUUUGAAUGGAAAUAUAAAAUGAAAUCUAGACACUUGGGUGAAAAUAAAGCCACAUGUAAGCAAUGGCUUUUAAUGUCACCUGAUGCUAUUAGGGAUAGGCUUUUCCACUAUAAAUGGUUUAUGUACUGGCUUAACUAUAUAGAAAAUGGUUUUGGAACAGGUUUAAGAAUAGGAAUUGGCUUAACCAUGGGGACUAGCUUUUGUACAGGCUUAACAACAGGAAUUGGCUUAAUAAUGGAAAUUAGCUACAGAACAGGCUUAAAAAUAGGAAUUGGCUUAACAAUAGGAACUGGUUUUGGUACAGGCUUAUAUAGUGGACUAGAAAUUGACUUUGGUGUUGGCUUAACAAUGGGAGGCUUGACUAGGGGAAUAGAUUUUGGGAAAAAAUCUUAG